UGUGCGUGUUGACAAGGAGCUUGCAAUGGCCGGGCCGAGACGUUGACGCCGACACCGACACCGCUGCCGCUGCCGCCACUCGCGACCGAGACUCCCGGAGACGCUGGGACGACCCCGAGACGACCCCGAGAGAGAAAGAGAGAGAGACGCCGCGAGCCCAGGGCCAAUGUUAGAGCUGGAGGUGGUGCCCGAGCGCUCCGUGGGGAACGAGAGAUGGGAGUUCACGUUGGGAAUGCCAUUUGCCCAGGCCGUGGCCAUCCUCCAGAAGCAGUGCCACCUCAUCAAGAACGUGCAGGUCUGGUACAGUGACCAGAGUCCUGUAAGUAGUGACCUGGUGCUGACCCUCACUCAGGAUGGGAUCAAGCUGCUGUUUGACCCAUACAGUCAACGACUGAAGAUAAUUGAAGUUUACAAUUUAAGCAAGGUGAAGCUUAAAUACUGCGGAGUGCACUUUAAUUCCCCGACCAUCCCUCCGACCAUCGAGCAAAUCGACCAGUCGUUUGGAGCGACACACCCUGGCGUGUACAACUCGGCCGAGCAGCUGUUCCACCUCAACUUCCGUGGCCUUUCCUUCUCCUUCCAGCUCGACACGGGCUACGAGGCGCCCAAGUUUGCGCCUCACUACGCGCACGGCCUCGCGUCCUUGCAGAUCCCUAAUGGAGCCACGGUGGAGAAGAUGUACAUUUACACAGGGAACUCGCUACAGGACACCAGGGCCCCCCUAAUGCCGCUCAGCUGCUUUGGUGGAAACGUGUACGCGGAGAGUGUGGACGUGCUCAGGGACAGCUCAGGACCCACGGGUCUACGCUUCAAACUGCAGACUACAGGAUGCGGCCCGGUCAUGCGAGCUGAGACCAAGCUGCAGGCGUUCGACCGCUGCGUGCGCUUCGGCGAUCAUUGCCAGGAAGUGUCCUCCGCCCUGGGCUGCCCCCACAAGGUCUUCUACAAAUCGGAGGACAAGAUGAAAAUUCAUUCGGCGUCUCCACACAAGCAGGUGCCCUCCAAGUGCAACGACUACUUCUACAAUUACUUCACUCUGGGAGUGGACAUUCUAUUUGACGCGGCAUCUCAUCAGGUGAAGAAGUUUGUGCUGCACACAAACUACCCGGGACACUACAACUUCAAUAUAUACCACCGAUGCGACUUCCGGAUCCCAAUCUCUUCUCGAUUCGACUCGAGCGACUUGCAGAAGGAGCCGUUCGUCAUCACCGCUUACACCAAGUGGGACUCGGUGCAGGAGAUCCUCCCCCAUCCUAUGGAGCAUCCCGUGGUGCUCAACAGGUCGUCGUCUGCUAACAACACGAACCCAUUUGGCUCCACCUUCUGCUAUGGCUUCCAAAGGAUGAUAUUUGAGGUGAUGGCGAACGGACACAUUGCGUCGGUGACGCUCUACUGGCCCCGGGCGGUGGGCGGUGUCCGUCACAACGACGCAUGAGCCCACAGACUGACGCCAGCAGCAGCAGCAGCUCCGCUCCAGAUCCGAUUAGUACUACGAGCCACCCCGGGUUUUUGUUUCACAAGGGAACCCCUGCGUCACAGUAAUGUCAGAUGUGGGCCGCCAAUAAUUGGCGGCCGUUGGUUUAAAAAUACCCCACAAAUGCUGGCGACGCAUGCGAGCAGCGCGCAGGCGUGUCUGCAGGAGGGUUUUUUUUGCCGUCAGGUUCAGGGAGGCCCCGGGGGUGUGUCUGUGUCGGGAGGCCGAGGUCUGUGCCGGGAAGCGCUGAAGCCAGCGCCUACGCAAGGUCCACAUUUCAGGCUUCACCGACCUACCGGAGGUUUCACCGGACUCUCCGGCACAGAAAGGGCGCUGUAGAGUCGGCCAAGCAAGCAGCGAAUGAACAAUAAGAAAAUAUUAAUUCGGUUUUGUACAUCUUUGUUUGGCUUUUUCCCAGAUCCCUGAGGGUCUAUUUUAGCGGACACAGGCACCGGUGAAACCCGUUCACUUUUGACUGCACAGCGCUCAGCCAGCACGGUGUAGAAGAAUGGCUUAAGGGUUUACAGGAGGAAGAUCCCUCGCCUCAUUUUCGGGGUUGUUCCCAAACGUUGGCACGUGGCUCUGUGUGUGUGGACAGAGAUCCGGAACAGGUUCACAAAGCCCAGAUUGUAAAAAAUAAAAUAAUAAAAAAGCUUUGAGCAGAACCAAAACGGUGGUUCUUCUGGAGCUGGAGAAUGUGUUGGCUGAAGUGAGCCACGCAUUUUACCACUGCGAAUUCCCUAAGGUUCCCCAUCCCCAGCCUCCACUCUAAAACUAAAAACCCGCCCAGGCUAGAUGGAGCAUUAGUCGUCCACAGGUUGUCGCCGGUUGAGCAGGCGACGCAGCUACCCGGCGCGCCCCACCGGGUUGUCCUCGUAGAGCCUCGUGGUGCCGUCCCCUGCGUUCGUUUUAAAGGCCAAACGAAAUUCCACUUGACGAUGCUGAAUGAGCCAAGCCCCGGAAGAGACCAUUUUUUUUCCUUCCCGAUUCCUUUUGUGGGGGGAAAAUCAUUGGAAGUUUGGGGAGUGAGGAGGGGAGAGGGGGGGGGGGCCCGUUCAUUCCCUGCACUAAAGUGGAAUUUGGUUUCGGGCCGAAAUCGCACAAUUUUCAAGUGGCGUGUGUUCCCCAAUCCAUUCCCCCACCCCGCCCGCCCGCCCGCCCGCCCGCGCCACCCGACGACACGGCUCUCCGCUGGCCAAAAAAGAACCGAAGCAUCAUCCUCGCACUCUCCGUCGUGUCAAGUCCGUCAAUGAAAAAUCAACUCUUCGACCGCCGAACAUUUCACCGGGGAGUGAUGGCAGCUCGUUCCGUGCGAGGAGUUUGGCGGACAGUCCCCUGCCGGGGCACGGUCCUUCCCCCUCCUCCUCCCCCCCCACUGACCAACACGCAAACGGAAUCUCUAAACGAAGCCCGCACGCUGGUCCGUGACCUGCGCAGUCAAGUGUUGUCGUAACCUCGGGCCCUACCUCCUCAAGUGUCCACGACAGUGGGCGGCUCAGGUGGCUCGCGUCGACGGCGGUUGUCGUCGGGGGAGCCACUGAACCAGCGUCGCUCGUGUCCCAGGGCUCACACCCUGGGCUCACAUUCACAAACCAGCUUUGCGAGCGGCGUACACUGCACAAAACACCCUCCAUUUUUCUUUUUGCACUUAAUUUGGUCUUGCCCACCUGUGCGCGGGGCACGGAGCGCGGGGGGACGUAGCGCGUUACGGACAGGCACAGAGUAGUGACCACUUGUGUCCCACCACGCAGCUAAAGAGCACAGCUUAGAGCCGGGGGGGGGGGGGUGGGGGUCGGCAAACCUGCAGCUCCAGAACCGCACGCGGUUCUUUACAGACUGCUUCGCGACGUAACGCAUGCAUGUACGUCUUCUUCGCAAUGUGUUGCGGCCCGUGAAAUAUUGAGUUUGGUUUUUUUUUACCGAAUUUGAAAAGAAAUGACUCUUGUUAUUUUGGUUGCCGGACCCCCCCUGGUUUUAGAGGUGGCGGUUAAAGAGUCGUUCCCGGAACGUUGUUGCGCCAAGGCCUACGGACGCAUCUCUUGGGUCUCGUGUCCUUCGGGAGUUUCCGUGCCGGAAAAAAAAAACGCUUUGGCCUCCUUGCUCGCGUCCAGAUGCUCUGUCCGCGGUUCGGACGCGGUCGUCACGGAACGCAAAAACGUGCGCGCACUCAAUUCAUCGUUUCUUUACCCUGCGAUGAGAAGACGAGAGAGAGAGAGAAACGAUGAUGUCACAUCCCUGUCUGCCCCCACGAUUUACCCCGCAUUCUUCUACGGGGAAAUUGAGUUUUCAGGUCCAUAACGGCGUACAGCCGUUUCAAUACGGGCAAAGAAAAACAUUUCUAUUUGUUUGUGUUUCUCCCUUGUGAUGGGACUUUGUAGGAUGAACGUUGAGAUUUAUAAGGAGCACGGGGUGACCAGUAAGGUCUGGAUUGGUCUGUGAUAAGGUAGGCACUGAUCAGGGGUUGACAGGUUUGUAUUACUAAGUUGCUUUUCUCAUUGGCGUUUGCAGUUUUAACCAUUGCCGGUUUUGGCUGUUGCCUUGGUCGUCUCGCUCACGAUGAAGCCGUUGCCCAGCUCUCAUUUUCGAGUUUUUCCAUCGACCCCGUCUCUCUCCCCCUGUUGCACCCAACCCAUUCCGAUGUUUGAUACGCUUCGAACUGUUGUCAUUUUCAAGAACACGUCAAUUUUUUUUUAAACUGGAAAACGAGCAAUGGGUCACAAGCGUUACGAUAACAAGAAAGGUCCGCCGAGGAGCAAAGCGAGUGAUAAAUAGCACUGUGCCUGCCUGAUUUUACGGGGGAGGUACAGCAAUAGGUAUAUAAUAAGCAGGUAGCAAUGAAAGCCCAAAGUAGUUCGGUGAAUGGUCUUUACUCGGGGCAACGAUUCAAGAAUUUCAUGUUUUUUUUAAUUGUCUCCUAGGUAUUACGUCUCUUUCUGUAGUUUUGUUAUUGCUCCAUUAGCCUGAUCUUAACAGCAUAUCACUGCUUAUAGUUUGCAUACAUUCUCAACGAUCGGCUCUCGCACGCGUGGCACGGUGAGCGCUAAGGACGGAUCGCGAUCGAUGAGGCCGUGGUUGAGGUUACACCACCACCACUCAUGCGCAGAUUUACUCGGAACGUGGAGAGAGGGGCAUGGGGGGGGGCGGGCAGUUAACCCUGAGAUGCGGGAUGUUGCCGUUCAAAGUCCCCCGGGGAAUUCGGAGAGGACCCCUCCCGGUUAACGACGUCCGAUUUAUUCAUCGGGUUAACGCUGAACUACCACGCACACGCACAGAUGAACUGUACGGCCAUCGUGGUUUUUUUACCAACCCUCCUCCCCGUAUAGCCAAAGUCCACUAACGCCGUUACGUGGAACGGCGACCACCAACGUUUUAGACGCAUGCCGGUGCCGCGACAUUGUGCCGCUAGGGGACGAAUGCCACUGGGGGGGGGGGGGGGGGGGCGAGAUGUAAGGUGCUUUUGAGUUGCUGAGGGAGGCGCCACCCAGAGGUGUGGACUCGAGUCAUGUGACUUGGACUCGAGUCAGACUCGAGUCAUGAAUUUGAUGACUUCAGACUCGACUUGGACUUGCAUAACAAUGACUUUGUCCCACCUCUGAGGUGUGGACUCGAGCCAUGUGACUUGGACUCGAGUCAGACUCGAGUCAUGAAUUUGAUGACUUCAGACUCGACUUGGACUUGCAUAACAAUGACUUUGUCCCACCUCUGAGGUGUGGACUCGAGUCAUGUGACUUGGACUCGAGUCAGACUCGAGUCAUGAAUUUGAUGACUUCAGACUCGACUUGGACUUGCAUAACAAUGACUUUGUCCCACCUCUGAGGUGUGGACUCGAGUCAUGUGACUUGGACUCGAGUCAGACUCGAGUCAUGAAUUUGAUGACUUCAGACUCGACUUGGACUUGCAUAACAAUGACUUUGUCCCACCUCUAGCGCCACCAUACGGAAAGCCUCCUCGCUUAACGCACGCUUGCCCACGUGACGCUGUGACGCGGUUCUUCCAUUCGGGAACACCUUUCGUACAACGCGAAAAUGUGCAUCGUCCCCCCCGUUAUAACGCGAGACGUCCCCCCCCCCCCCCCCGUUAUAACGCCGGACGCGCGCCCCGUUAUAACGCGGUUUCUGCGCGACCGACGAACUACUUUCUUGACCUGAGCAGCUGAGUGCUACAGGACGCCGAAUGAAAGAGUAACGCAGUGGCGGGGUUCCCUCCGUUAUCUGGCCCGCGCCGCCUCACCGCGCGGUGUGCCUAGUCGUAGUCGUAGUAGCAUCGUAUCGCAACCAAACUUUAUCGUCAUAUUAUUUAUGGGGAAAAUUGUUUUCGCUUGGCGUGGCACAUUUCAGGAACGCAUCUACUACUGCCGCGUUAAACGAGGACUCGAUGUACGUGUCAAGCCCCUUCGUGCGCGAUUGACCGAGGCAAUCCCUCGGCUCAGCCGUGUUCCCGUGGUCGCAGUCGCUCGCUUGCUGCUGGGGUACACUGACGAUGAAAGCACGCCGCUAAUUUAGAAAAUAAUUCACACAGGUAGCACUGACGAGGUUUGCCAAACGGCUGCGAUGUGCUUCAAGUCGCCAGGGCAGCUCAGGGCAAAUCUCAUGCCAGGUUACAAUCGGAGCUGAAUUUUAAGCGCCCUCCCCGCUGUCGUUGUUUUGAAUCCCAAGUGUUGGCCCCAUAGGGUCCUAUAGCUACGCGUCCAUAAAUACUUCACUCUGCAGCUUUCCAUCACGGUGCACAGUUCUGGCGGUUUUUCCCUUUUCACCGUACGCCUCUGUUGGUUAUUCAUGCUGUUCACGCGGCGGUCUUCUCUUUCAAGCGCCCUAGUUCACAAAGCUGCGACCUUCGUAUCUACUGCAUCGAUCGCCCGCGUGUCACAAGCAUACAUUUAACGUGUCGUAUGCACACAAUACGCUGAAAAACCCAGGAGUGCCACUAGAGUUCCUUUUUAACGGGACAGAUUUCACGUUUGAAAUGACGCAGUGCAAUAUUGAUCGUCGAGUCAACUGCCGUGCCCCUGGGCCAGCGUUCUUCACUCAUUUUCACAGGGAGCGGCGUAUGCGGCUUUCGCCGAGGGUCGCCACACAUUUGAAACCAUUGGAUUUGUGACAGCACGAUGGAGUGUUUUUACAUUUGUGUAUUGUCGGGGGCUAGCAAAUCAGGGGGCUGCGGUGGCAUUGCAGUGAAGAACACUGCGCUAGACCGGUCACUGGGUUGCAUGGCGCGUGACAUGUCACCUGCCCUUCAGCAUGUGCAGGUUUGGUCCACCGUAGGUCGUGUAAACGCAAUAGCCUGCGUUCGACCCAGGUCUAUGUGGCUUCACCCGUGGGUGGUUCAAGUUUAUUGAUUAGGUAUAGCCCUGUGAGCCAUUCGGCUCUUGAAUCGGGUGCAACCGCAACAAACAAAAAAACAAAAACAUGAACAAGAAAACAUCUUAAAGUGAAUAUGUGCAAACAGAAAAUCCAAGAAAAGACGGCAACAUAUUGAGCUGGCCCCCUUGUGCGGUGGUACGUGUGUAGUAGAGGUCUGUUCGAGUUGGUGUGUUGCGCACACGCGAGACAUUUUCACGAGUUGGUGCCUGCGAUGGGGGUAGUUGUGGCAAGUAGGUUUUUGGCUGGAUGUUUUGUUUGCGAUAGCCGAGUUUGAGUGGUGCUCUCCUGUGUGUGUGUGUGGGAGGGUGAGAUUUUUUUUUUCUUUGUUUCGUGCAAAGUGUAAAUCAAAAAGGACUCGGUUCUUGACAUUUACCAGCAGGGCCUCGCUGCAAAGAGGCGUGAAGACUCAGCCGAGGCUUUGCUCGGUCGAGCUUGCAAUUUACUCGUACUAGUAUUCUUAUUAGUAAGUGUCAGUGCGAUGUUUUAAGUGAAUUUCAGUUGAAAUGUACUGACUGCGAAAACCAUCCUGAUUUUGCGCUUGGCCACGUAGUUCUCUGUAACUGCGACUUCAUGCCCCGGUGUCCUGGUGGCAUCUGCCAGUGAGUGUCUCGUCACUCGCUGCCACUGGCUCCUCCUGUCGCUUUGUUGUCACGCGGUCACCUUAACUGGGCCAUGUCAGCCAUCCGCGUGGCCAUGCCUCGGCGUGUUUAGUCGCAAGGCUCAAGAAAGUCUAGAUUUGAAGCUUUCGUGACUGCAAGGAUUCAUACUCCUAGUUUUUUCGGUAAAGUCACGUAGGUAAAAAAAUCAAUUAACAUAAAAAAAAAAUUAAUCAACAUUUAAUUUUUAAAUUAAAAGUUAAUAAAAAAAUAAAAUAUUUAAUAAAAUAAUCUUUAAUUUCAUUUUGAAAUAAAAAAAAUAAUCAAAAUAAAAUACUAAUUUUUUUUUCUUUCAUUUUUUACCUACGUGACUUUACCGAAAAAACUAAAGAGUAUCAAGAAAGUCUGCCUUCGCAUAAAUGUGCCCCGAAAUGCCCACAACGUCGGCGCACGGGUGUGGCUACGCACGGCGCAAAAUUCAGUUCAACGUAAGACACGUGCGUACACGUGCGUAGGCUCGGCAGAGACGAGAUCCAUUCUUGUCGCGGCUAACCUCGAAUGGCGCAGCGGGAACACUCGCAAGAAGGGCCUGGUUUGAAUUCCCUACUCGGGGGGGGGGGGGGGGCGGGGGGGGAUGGGAGAGGCGCCUUUCUCCGUUUUGAAUUAGUUUCAUCCGAGUCCUCUUGUUUCCUUUCGUAGCUAAUAACAACAGAAGGCUAAUGUAAAUGCUAUCGGCCAAUCAAAUUACUCAAUUGGUGAUCGCACACAGACGCCGCACAACAACGUCACCCCUCCCGCAAACAUUUGGCAGGACCCUCUUGCAAAAAGAUUCCUGAGGCUCUCGUGGGUAAUCAAGUUGAAUAGGAUAAUCAUUCUCGCGAGAGUGUCUGUCCAAGGUGAGGGUUUGUUUUAUUCUGGCCCAACGUGUCAAAAGCUUCCAUUAAAGCUUCAUCAUUCAAAGCAGAUUCUGUGUAAGCGGAACCUUGAGCAGAACUUUUCUCGUGACAUCGCACACUCUCUCUGGUGGCUCCCUCGCACCUGCGUUUGACCCCCAGGUGAAAUGGUCCACACAUCAGUGGGGUGUUGACCACAUUCACUGGGUGGGCCGAAUGCCAGGGUUUUUUUUUUUGUAAGGUCUUCGUGUGGAUUCAACACGGUUCAAGACUUUUUUUCCCCCCUCCUCUCUCGGCAGCGUUACAAAGCACAACAUUUUUCACAAGACUUGGCUUCCAAUAUGGGUCGAGGGCAUGUCCGUGUGUUGUUACAGGGCCCGAGUGGCAACGUUGCCCAUGUAGAAUAUUGGCUGCCCCCACGAACCGCGGGAUUUGUAAUGUGUCCGCUUCUUUUUAUUUCUUUCCGCUUUUCACUGAAGCAUGACGAUUGCGACAGUGUUGUCGAAACUGUGGUUGUCAUGCCUCGGAGCAGAGCCUGUGGUUUAAUAAAAGACUUGAGUGACCAGGCACCAGUAGCGGUUUUAUCCGUGCCAUUUACACUUUUAUGAACAUGAGUAGCGUCGUGGAUGUUUCCAUUGAGGUGUUGAUUGUACAUGUGUACGCCUGUUUUCCUGUGGAAAGACCGGUUCCCGUCAUGAGAAAUGAGGAAUUUCCACCACUUGCUCACACCCAAUCGUCAAGUGGUGAUGAGCAGCACGUGUUGUUUUGUGUGCAGCGGAGCAGAGUGCUGGCUGCCGGCACUUUGGUUUCGCCGCGUUCGAGAAUGGGCAUGUAUGAUAAAUUGUCACGAUUCAAGGUCACAGUGUGAUUCAAAAUAAUCAUUUUUUUUUUAAUCUC